UGUACACACCAUACCGAAUCCAAUUCGAUCAAAGCUGCACCGCACAUAGUCGCAUCCAAUUCCGAACCCAAUUAGUCUUCUCAAUUCACAACUAUAAAUCCAACCCUACUUCACCUCUUCUUCUUCGUCCAACACUCAAUUCAAUUCAAUUUUCUCUCUCCUCCAUUAAAACUCCUCAAAGAUGCAGAUUUUCGUGAAAACCCUAACUGGGAAAACCAUAACCCUAGAAGUCGAAUCAUCGGACACAAUCGACAAUGUCAAAACCAAGAUCCAAGACAAAGAAGGCAUCCCACCAGAUCAACAACGCUUAAUCUUUGCUGGGAAACAAUUGGAAGAUGGAAGAACACUUGCAGAUUACAAAAUUCAGAAGGAAUCGACGCUUCAUCUGGUGCUUCGACUUCGUGGGGGUACCAUGAUUAAGGUCAAAACCCUAACUGGGAAAGAAAUUGAGAUUGAUAUUGAGCCUAAUGAUACGAUUGAUCGGAUUAAGGAGCGUGUUGAAGAGAAAGAAGGGAUUCCUCCUGUUCAACAGAGGUUGAUUUAUGCUGGGAAACAGCUUGCUGAUGAUAAGACUGCUAAGGAUUAUAAUAUUGAAGGUGGUUCUGUUCUUCAUCUUGUUCUUGCGCUCAGAGGUGGUGGUUUGAUUGCUUAAUUUUGUGUUUAAGGAUGAAUUUAUGUGAAGUUUCUGGGAUUUUUUUAGGGUUUUAAUGAUGUUAUUGUGGUGAAAUACUGUUAAAAAAUUCUGGGAAUUUGACCUGCUUCGGCUUAUCUAAUGGUUUAAUGUGUUUAUUAUUAGUUCAAUUUUGUUA